AUGAUUACCCUGGCUCUUACCUGGCCAUUGUUUACCCCUGCUCUUAACUGCCCAUUCCAGCCACUCGCGACCCUGGUCAUUCCGGGCCGCAAUCACGCCAGUGAGCCCAUAGUGGCUGCCACAGCGCCAACACACUCCCUCUCGUUGGUUCGAUCGCGUCGCUCACUUGUCACCCUUGAAAUCCUAGACCUUAGUGCGCUGCUACUAUGUCCUACCAGCAACAGCCUUACGGCUACCCUCAGCACCCUCAGCCGGCUUACGGCUACCAGGGCGGUCCUCCACCUGGCCCUCCUCCUGGCGCUGGACAAGAGUACUAUCAGCAGCCCGGACAGUAUCCUCCUCCUGGUCAAUACCCGCCGCCCCAGCAGGGAUACCAGCAACCUGGCCAACCACAAUACCAACAGCCGCCUCUCCCUCAAAACAACAGCGGUGGUGGAGAUAAGGGAUGUCUCGCUAGCUGCUUGGCCGUUCUGUGCUGCUGCUUCGUCUGUGAGGAGGGUUGCGAAUGCUGCGCUGAUUGCAUCGAGUGCUGCGAGUUCUGCUAAGCGCCAUGAUCAAUGA